UCGUUUUGAAAUGUUUUGCUAUGGGCCAAAAUCAGUGACUAUAUGAAGACAUAGUCAGGCACUUAAAGAAAGGUGAAACCGCGUAAGAAAUAGAAUACUUGUAUGCCUGCCUGGCUCCAUCACCAUGUGACUCAUCUAAUCUUGCUUUGUAUUAAAAGUCUUCUCAUCUACUUCACUGAGUUUCACACACUAAAACGUGUGUAUUCAAAUCCCAAUAAAUGCCAUUCUCUGAAAUAUAGAUCCAAUUGAAAAGUCUCAUUAGACAGAGCUCUUCAAAGAAAAAAUACCUAGAUUUCAGUACAUAUGGCUCCACUAGAAGGUUUUAGUCUGAAAAAGGUACUGUUUUUGCUGCUGCUUCUCUUUGUUUUCUUCUGUUCAACAUUCAUUUCUGCAUACCAACCAAACAGUUUUGGAGGAAGAAGAUCAAUGUUAGAGGUAGAAGAAGAAGAUGAACCAGUUAUUAAGAAGAAAAGUACUUCCACCAAAGUAUCUUCCUUAAAAAACACAGCCAAGGUUAGUAAAUCUAUUACAGGUUCAACCAAGAACCAAACCAAGCUUAUUAACCUUCCUUCUGAUUCAACCAAGAACAAAACCAAGCUCAUUAAAUCCACAUCUGAUGGUUCUACACCCACAAUCAAAUCCCAGCUCAAGAAACUAAAUUCCACUUCAAAAACCUCAAAUUCUACGACUACAAAGACCAGUUCACUUUCCACCAAGAAAUCUUCAGAUUUAAACAAACUGAGCUCAUCACCCAAGAACAAAACAACAAAGCCCACCAUUACUCUUAAAGAAACCAAAACCAAAGCCCAGUUGGAAAAUAGCCUAAGUCAAUCCAAAUCCAAAAACCCAGAAAAAAUUCAGCCCAAGAAGGCCCAAAAACAGUCACAACCAAGCUGGAUUGAUCAAGAUGAUGAAGAUGACUUGGUUUCUGGGUUCAGAGACCUCCCAUCCAAGUUUCAAGAAACUCUCUUGCCAGAUUUGGAAAGAAUUUCCAAAACCUCAAAAGUUUAUCUUACAAAAUAUAAUAAAGAAUUUACCAAAGGUUUCAAACCUUAUGUUGGGAACAAAUAUGCACCAGAACUCCGCUUUUGGUUAGGAGCUAAAACAAUUUGGAAUUCUACUUCAUCAGGCACUCUCCACUCGCCUGGAUUUCCAACGGGAUAUACCGAACUUUCGUAA